CCUUAAAAGUAUGAAUAGCAAUAUUACAGAACUUGAGGAUUACUAUAAAACACCAAAAGAGGUCUCCGAAGCCUUGAGGGUUAAGGAUCUCCAAGCGCUUGUUAGAGGUUUAUCGAAAUUAAGAACUCAAUUGACGAUCGCCAUUAAAACCAGAGUAGAUCCAACUGAAAAACAUACCAGACCUCUGGUUGAGUACUGCCAAUCUUGUACCGAUAGUCGGGAGCUUAGCAGUUUAUGGGAUUAUCAAGCCUCGACAAAUAUCCAGGAUUUAGAAUGCAUGUUACCAGAUAUUAUUGGAUUAUUUAUUCGACUUUCAACUACACCUAUUAUCCGUUCCUAUGGUAUUCAGGUUAUUCAAACAAUUUUGCAACGACAAAUGAAAUUUGUAUAUCGUGGUAUAUCCUCCAUGCGCAUCCCUCACUGCCAAUCUACUUAUCGUUUAUUGACUUCGAUCGUUUCGUUUAACGAGUCUACUGCAAGAGAUUUAUUCACCACCUUCAAUUUCCAGGCCGAUGGUUUCUUAAGAGCCUCUAGAUAUCGCCAAGCUAAAAAGACAAAGAAACCACAAAGCUAUAUUUAUGAUUUAAGAACCAAUUAUGUACAAUUUGUUCUUGCCUUCUUUAAGCAUGGUGAUGCUGAUAUUAAGAAACAAGUAUUAAAUGUGAAGGGUCUUGUUAGCGGUGUAUUUGUAGGCAUGGAUGAGGACGCAUAUCCGUUAAUUGAACAAAUUCUUUCAGUCAUGUACGAAAAGUUGAUCAUGGAUAACAACGUGCCUAGAAGUACCAAGGCAUUUUUCUUCUCAGCAUAUAUUUUAGAGAAACUUGCCAAAAUUUAUGCUCGCUCUGAGGAAGAAGAGACUGCUGACGAAGGAACCGGUGUUCCUGCUGAUUUAGUGCAUCAUUUCCUUUUAUCCAUAUGUACUGUACCUGAUGUUGGUGUGUGUUUCCGUGAUACUGCUUGGUAUCCCGCGAAGCCUAACACGGAUGAACAAUCAAAGAACUCCAAGAUCACCAAUCGCUUGUUAGCUAAAUUUAUUGUUACACUUAAGCCAGCAGAUGACAUGCGCCAACAAGAAUUAGUGUUGAAGAUAUUGAGUGCUUGCCCUGAACUUGUUCAAGAGUUUUGGCACCACACCAUUUUAAUGUAUGAGCCUAGAAUCUCCAGUAAAUGGCUUGCUAAUAUUACAUUAUUGCAAAAGAUUGUUCAGUUACCAGUUCCCUCUUUAUUUUAUGGAGUAACACGUCUUUAUCCUGCCGAACCACCCAGCUUCGAAACUAUUUUGGAUAACAUUCUUCCAAACGUUUUUAAUCGCUCACCUUCCAGUAAGGGUCUGCAACAUACUAGCCCACUUGUUAGAUACACAACUAUGGUCGCAUUGUCUGCAGUUUUCCAGAAAUACAGCAAAGUUAGUCAUGCAAUGGAAAAGGUUAUCAUGGCACUUGAAACCUCAGAGAUGAAUCAAAAGGAACAACAGAUUAGUGACGAAUCUUCUGUGCAACAAACAAAGCCAUCCGAAAACUGGAAAAAGUGCCUUGAGAGUGUUCGUGAAGGAUUACGUCGUCGUGUGCCUGAAAUCCAAACUGUGGUUACUUUGCACAAACAAACUUCCAUUAAAAUGGCUGCUGAUGCGGAUGACAAUGAACAGGCUUGCCAAAACCAACUAAUUCAAGAUACAGCAUUCAGAUUGAUCAGAUAUUAUCAAGAGUUUGUUCCUGAAGCAUUGAUGGAAUCCAAUAUUGAUCCUGGAAACUUUAUUCCUGCUGAUAUAUUGUCUGUCAAACCUGGAACUUUAAUUCAUUUAUUGAGACUUUUCCUCAGUAUGCCUGAUUUUAACUGGACUAGCCGAUCAUCUGGUUCUUCUACCUCUCAUAUUACCACAUUAUUAACCCUUUAUCUCCAAACGCCCUAUAAACAUAUCCGUGAUUUGACUGGUAAACUCUUAAACCAAACCUUGUCUGAUUCGUUCAUGUUCGCCCAUGAUCCCGAGGAAGUCCAGCUUUGGUUGAACGCUUUGCCUGAUAAUUUCUCCACUGCCCGUGGUUUAGUAAUGUCAGAAACUCAACAAGCAGUCUUACAGUUUCUGGAUAAUUGUAUCAGUAGAUUCAGUAAAGCGCAAUAUAAAUACACCGAUCAAUUGGUACAACUUGUCAACGCUGCCAACAACGAAAUAACAGCUACCGGCAAUUUAAUCAAUGAACUUGUGUCUGCUGAUUCUAAUGUUAACGCCUCCAAUUACAAACAUCCUUUCAGUCCUUUAUUAUUGACCUUAUGUGAAAAUUUAAACUUUAUCAAGACAGAUAGAACACCCGCGGUACUCUAUCUAACCAACUUGAUCAAGCUUUUACUCACCAAGCAAAGUGUCCCUCUCUAUCUUGAACAAAUCAGCUCUAAAUUAGAUAAGGAGAUGAAUCCGGAUCAAGAUAUUUCAGCCCGCCAAACCGGUCAAUGGACUAAAAACGAAAUGGUCCUUCAAGCCAGAUUGUGUUUAGGUCAAGAAACGGUACCAUCCGCUAACGCAAUGGAGGUUGAUAACGACGAAUUAGAGGAAAAAUUCACUUCACUUAUCAAAACCGAGGAUUUUGAAGAAAUUUCUGCUGUUAAAGAAGAAUUUAUCGAGUUACUUAAGGGAUUGCCUGUGAGUGUUCUCGACAAACAUCUGGAGCGAGCUGCUGCCUUCUGUAGUCGUGAUUUACGAUGGACGUCAUAUGAACCCCUCGUUGACUAUAUGACUCUCCGUCAUCCAUUAGCGGGUAGUGUAUUUGAUUAUACCGAAAUCACUGAUAUGAAAUCUUUGGUUUCAAUGGAGCAUGAACAUUCAGCAUUGUUGUUAAAAGCUAUGCCUUUUAAUUCACUUUUGUAUAAUACUUUUCUUUUCAAGAAAUACGACCAUCAAUUCUCCAUGACAGUAUUGAAGUUCGCCUUGGAUAGUAUGAAGUCUCGUGAUUUGACCAACGCCGCCUCUUUUGUAUUCCAACAUUUAAAUACAAUUUUAAUCAACCAAGAAAACACUGAUAAUUAUGUUGCUUUGAAAUUCUGUUUCACUCUGUUACGUCACAUAAUUGGUUUAGUAAAUCAAAUCCAAGACACCAAGGCACGUACGGAAUUAAGGACGUAUAUCUUUACGUACCCUGCAUUGAAAUAUCUUGACACUCAACUUACAAACGAAAUCCUCAAAUUUGAAAAUCUGAACACAUUCCCUAGUGAGGCCAACGUGUCUUUACUUCAAUUAGCCUUGUCAUUUAUUGAUAUCUUUGGUGAAGGAUCUAACGCACAAACAUUAUUAAACUGUGUAAUUCGUGUUGAUUUUGAAGGACUUUAUACUUUCAGCAAAAAAAUCAUCAAGAAUAAUAAUCUUAAUGAGAUUAUGAAGAAACUUUUACUUGUCCUUGUGGAAUACAUGUACAGCUCAACAUCUGAAGAAUUUUCCAUCCCCAGCAAGGCUUUCAAGAUUAUUACUCAACUCUGGAAAAUGGGUACGACUGAUGAAUUUAAUUUGGAAAUCCUUUCUUUAUUGGAAUUGAGCAUGACUAGAGAACAGAAAAAGAACGAAGCUGAAUCCGACGCCAUUCACGUAUUGUUGGAAGCAUGUUGCGAACCUAUCAUUAAGCACAUUUUGGCUGGUAACAAAUGUAUUAUCGAUAUUGUCUCUCUCCGCUCAGCUUGCAUUGCCUCUUCUGUUAACGUUCCGUUAAUUGUUGCAACCCAUUUAAACGACACCCUUCUAUUGACUCCCAAUUUGGUCGAUGUUAUUCAUAUUGGUUAUGAUUUGUUAUCAGAUAAGUUGGAAGACCAAUUAGAAUAUAUGCAAGCUGUUUUUGAGCACCUUCUCAAACAAUUGACUGCUGCUGCCGAUGCCAACGUUAUGUCGGAUGAAACACCGGAGGAUGCUUUUUAUGACAAGCUUGUGGAAUUCAUUAAAUUAAUGACUUCUUUUAACUGGACCACCAGGCUGGAUUCCGAAGUUGUUCGUGAUUUCGUUUUGACUUCUUUAAUGGAUAAUAUUGCUGAUGCUGCUGCUAUUCGUCUAGUUGGUGUCCUUGUUGAACGCGUCUAUGAAGGGUAUGGAAAAUUAGAACCCAUUGAAAUUUAUCUUCGUCGUAUCCUUGAUCAUCAAGAAUAUCAAAAAUUGACCUCUCCUGAUGUUGCUAAGCUCCUUGCUCGUCAAGUUCCCGAAAAUGAUGCUCAACGUCUUGCUAUCAUUCAAUUGAUUUAUAAAUUGAACAAGAUCCAACCCCUCAUCCUUGCUAGAAAUUAUGGUUUGUUAGACUCCCUUUUGACAAGUUAUAGUGCAACGACUACAGUUACCGAUAAACUUAUUUUGGAAGUUUUAAUGGCUUGUGAAAGCCAUGGCCGCGAGACAAUCCUCCCCAAAAUGUUAAUGUGGGGUCCUGGAUCGGAUCGUACCCGUCAAGCACAUGCUCAAGCUGGCACACUAUUACAGACAAGUGCAAUCUCCAUUGAAACGCUAAGCUUGAUUGACCCAGCUUUGAUGAAAUAUACCUUUACACAUUUUCCUGCUCAAUGCACUCUUCAAGCUACUCACAAUGACACCGAGACAAACGACUUUAGCUCAUCGCCCGUAUAUGAUCCUUCAUUCUUUUUACCUCUCUUUGCAAAUAUCAUUUCUGCUGGUGCUAUCGAAUGUCGUAAAUUUAUUGAAUGUAACGGUCUUGGGUUUGUUGUGAUGGCCAUGUCUUCCACCGAUGAUCAAGUACGUUGCAUUGCAUACCAAAUGAUUGAUCAAUUCUAUGUCAUGGUGGAACACGCUAGAUUUAAAGAACAACCUUCAAUCAUUUUCGUUUUAGAAGCUUUCAAAAAUUCUAUUACUGGCCGUGCAGAAGCCGAUACGCCACCUAGAGUGCCUGCAGCUAUCUGCGUUUGUAUUGGCCAUGCGUUAUCUAUUUUACUUCAUCCAGAACAUUUCAUGCUUCCUCAUAUUACAUCAUGGAUCUUGCAAAACCCUACAUUUGAUUUCAACUACGUCCCCAUGUUUACCUUCCUUUUCACAUCAUCCUCUCCUAAUCAUAGAAAAGAACGUCUCUGGUUGCUCUAUGUUUUAUCAUCUUCGUUACGUACAUAUGAUGACUACAAGAUUUUCUCCAGACAAAGUAUUUUUGAUAUGAUUGCCACAUUUUACAACUCUGCAUAUGCAGAUCAAUUAAGUAAAAAGGCUGUAAUCGAGAUUAUGGAACAAGCAACUGCAAUUCCCAGUGUGACAUCCAAUCUUAUACAGUAUAACGGUUUGUUAGCCUGGAUUCAUCAAGCUUUAGCGCUCGCAUCAGAUGAAGAAGAAUUCCAAGCGUGGAAUAAGAUUUUAAACGCUACUGUAGCUAGCGUCAGUAAGAUUGAAAAAGUACCCGAGAAAGUGAAAGCCAUGUUGAAUGAUGAAAAGACUGUAUUAUUAGAAUUAAAUUAAAUAGUUAAGUUAGUAAAUUGUGUAUAAUAAUAAACCUUUAGAAAAGAUAAAGAAC